AUGAGACCAUCGUCUGGCUUCAUCGUCUGGUUCUCACGCUUCCAAAUCAACCUCUCUCCUUCAAGCACGAUUCACUCGGUUUUCCUUCCGAUUCUGCAGCGUUGUGGCAUCGAUUGCUUAAACAACGCCGUCGCUUCAAACUCAGCGGCUCCGUCCCGUAUUUGUCGUUUCUGUUUGCUCAUCUACAAUCAUCUUCACAUAUCAACAUGCGAGCUUGCUCAGCAGAUUGAGAAGGUUAUGCGGGAACUUGGAGACUAUCUAGGUGUUAAGGUGCAUGCUUGUGUGGGAGGUACAAGUGUUCGUGAAGAUCAACGCAUUAUGUCAAGUGGUGUCCAUGUUGUGGUUGGUACUCCCGGUCGUGUGUUUGAUAUGCUGCGCAGACAAUCUCUUCACCCGGAUUACAUCAAGAUGUUUGUGUUGGAUGAGGCUGAUGAAAUGCUCUCUCGUGGUUUCAAAGAUCAGAUCUAUGAUAUCUUUCAGCUGCUGCCCGGUAAGAUUCAAGUAGGAGUUUUCUCUACUACAAUGCCACUCGAGGCACUUGAAAUCACAAGGAAGUUUAUGAACAAACCUGUGAGGAUCCUUGUGAAGCGGGACGAGCUCACCUUGGAGGGUAUUAAGAAGUUUUAUGUCAAUGUUGAGAAAGAGGAAUUGAAGCUGGACACACUCUGUGAUCUUUACGAGACAUUAGCAAUCACUCAGAGUGUCAUUUUUGUUAACACUAUAAGGAAAGUUGAUUGGUUGACCGACAAGAUGCGAAGCCGAGACCAUACAGUCUCAGCUACUCACGGAGACAUGGAUCAGAACACCAGGGACAUUAUUAUGCGUGAAUUCUGUUCUGGAUCUUCUCGUGUUUUGAUAACUACUGAUCUUUUGGCACGUGGUAUUGAUGUCCAACAAGUGUCUCUGGUUAUCAAUUUUGAUCUUCCUACGCAGCCUGAGAACUAUCUCCAUCGUAUUGGUCGUAGUGGAAGGUUUGGUAGAAAAGGUGUUGCCAUUAACUUUGUCAAUAAGGAAGAUGAAUCAAUGCUACAGGAUAUCCAGAAGUUUUACAAUGUGUUAGUUGAGGAGCUGCCAUCAAAUGUCGCUGAGCUCCUCUGA